AUGAGUGUGUCGGGCCUGUACACGGUGGUUGGAGGAGCAGAAAAGGGCGGAAUCAUCGUCCGAGCGGAGAAAGGCCUAGAUUCUUCAGUGGCGGACCAGCGCCUGGCAACGGGAGCAAAGGUCAAGGGCCUGGAGUGCUUCGAGGGCCGUCUGCGCUAUGAGCUCCUGGAGGGCGAGGGCCCAGCCAAGGGCUGGGUGACAAUUUCCCUUCGCGACAAGGACUUGCUUGUCAAGCUUCCUGACGUCGACGGCGCGAAGGAGGUGGAUGCAAGUGAUGAGUCGACAAGUGAUGGUGGUGAAAGUCAGAACGUCACCAGUGGCGACAGUGAUAAGGAAAGCCCAGAGAAUGGCCUGGCGAAUGACAAGAUCACCCGUGAGGAGAAGGAUGCUCUUCGCCAGUACAACUCCAAAUUUGGCGAAGUGCGUGAUGGGGCUCAUCAAGGCUACAAUCGCAAGGCUUUUCCUUGGUUUCAGCCGCAGAAGGUAGCCAAGGAGACGUCGGAUGAAGUGAUUCAGGCCGCUGAAGCUUUCAAGCAGAAGCGCAAGGGCGCGUUUCGCACGCCGCGCCUCUGGGAUGUGGGUGACGAUGGCGAAGAGAUCACGCUGUGCUCCCGGUGUUACAUGCCAAUCGGCGAGAUGGCCUAUGAGGGAAAGCCGAAGAACACAUGCGUGCAUCCUGAGUGCAUGGCCCAAGUUGUCAUUGAGGACAUGCAGGAGCAGGAAGCCAAGUUUCUUGCAGAGGAAAACGAGAAGAAGCUAAAGAAUCGAAAAGAGUACGACAUUGGAUGGCGCAUGGACAGCGUACCGAAGAGUUCCACGAUUGCGGAGCGAUUGGGCUACAGCCCAGCACCCCAGGGACUUGCCUGCCUCGUGUGGGACGAGGCGGCACGCACCGUGCGGGUAGCGGCCACCCUAGAACCAGCUGCAGCAGUGAACUUGGAGUACCUGGUGCUGGCGCUGAAGGUGAGGCGGCAGGGACGACGUGAGCCUCUCUUCUCACUGGAUCCGGUUGACCCACAGAAUAUGGAGAAGACCCCGCAGAAGAAGGUGUUUGAGCCAGACUGGCUGUCGGGAACCAGCGUCGGGGAUGUGAUGUUUCAGGCAGACUACUUUCUGAAGGAGCUGGCCCUAGGUGAGUACACCAUGCCUAUUGUGGGCAUGCUCAGCGUUUUCGAUUGGUCUGAAGUCCUUGAGAUGCAUCACCAAUGGACCGGCAGGGAAUGGUUCGUGGUCAAAAAGGCUGAGGUCCGGAUGGCCGAGGACAAGACUUUGGUACCUUUCGUGAAGAUGGGGGUGGAGGCUCGCGAGCAGGUGCUGACUCCGCAGGGCCUCCGAGAUGCGCCCAUCACUGGCGCCAACCACCCUCUGCGAAGGUUUGCCGACGCCUUCACCCGCAACUUUGACUUGAUCGCAGAAAGGAAGAGCGUGGUGUUCCACCUGCGUGAGCUGGCAAAGGCCUCUGUCCUUGCCAAGUUUCUGGUGGAUUCUGGGGCAAAGCUGGACCAGCGUUGGUUCGACCUUGCUGAUGAAAUCGUGGACAGCAAGGUGCCCGAGCCUUUCCCAGAGAUCCCGCAGCUCUGGAACAUGCGAGGGCUCUCGCGCAUCCGCCUUGAGAACGGCAAGGUCGUUGACACCGAGACGGGGUUGGUCACAAAUCUGCAUGCCAUCUAUGGUGGUGUUGAGUUCGGCUUGGAUCGGUUCGAGUUGGCUCAGCGCCGGCCUGGUAUCCCAGUGCCAGGCAUGGCGAUGCAGCAGGCCCCCAUGGUGGGUAUGCCGGGAAUGCAGCUGGGCCCCUCCGGCCGGCCUAUGUUCAUGCCGCAGCGCUUCCAGCUCAGCCAGCGCGGAGAGAUGCCUCAGGGUGUGGAUCUGAAUCUGGAUCAAUUCAACCUCUCAGAGGUGGAGCAGUUUGCUGGCAACCUCCCUCCCUGCAGUGCAGAUGCCAAGUCUCCGGAAGCACGUGUGAGGUUGGGUCGGGCCUUCUUAGAAGGCUUGCGAUCUGGCUUCGGCAAGGAGAUGAGCAAGGAUAACCGAGAGUUGUUGAAGGGAAUCUUCAACCCGGCCUUAGCAGACAGGACGGAGGAGGCUGACGCCUUCAUUCCUCCUGAUCCCAACCUAUCCUACAUCUCCAAGGUCCGGAACCUGGUGGGUGAGGAGCAGGCCCUGCUGAAGAAGCGCAAGACCGCCUUUUCUGACCGCACCUUCACACCUGGAAGCUGUGGCCCGGAGUUCCCUCGUUCCUGGACCUCUCGCUUCACCAUGGAGAACGGCGUCUCCCCUGCUGUGAUGAUGAAGCUCCGGUCGGCCCUGGUCCAACUGCAGGUGGACUCCACGUUCCAGCAAACGCUUCUGGAUGAUGUCCUCCCUGUGGCAGCCCCGGAAUUCCACAAGGCCACGGAGGAUGGCGUUGUCUUCCGAAUCUAUCGCCUCGGGAGCCUGGAGGUCCGAACCAUCCAGGAGCCUGACUGCCAAGAGUCGGUUGCCGUAGUGUUCUCCACUCGCGCGCCCACUUGGGGACUCUCGCAACGGCAAGCUGUGAAGCAGGCCAACAACCACGAGAAGGUGGUUCGCAGCUGGCUUUACCUGGAGGCCCUGGAUGCCGAGUCUGCCCGGCGUUUGGAUAUGAAAUGGUCAAGCAAGAGGUCAGACUACUGUCACUACUACGUCGUGCUGGAGACAGAGGGCAAGAACACCAUCGUCACGGAGAAACUGGCCGAUGGCAGCACCCUGAUUGUGAUGAACCCAGACAGCAUCGAAGACCGCAACUCGAUGGCCAAGCUCAUCUCCACCGAGGAAGAUUGCCGUGAGCUUAACAUCGAUGUGGCGAAAAUCAGGCAGAUGCAGAUGAAUUACAACAAGAAGCUGCCGGAGGGCGCGUGCCCAUCCAUGCGAAAGUUCUACGCUCGUACGCUCUUCGCGCUGGUCAAGAAGCAGGCGCACGGGAGUGCCGUGAAGUUUCAGAAACAGAGUCGCUAUGCCGCUCCGGGCAAAGUAGUCCGCAAGCUGACGCGGCCCGUUGGCGAGUUUUACGGGAACAUUGGCACGGGCUUCUGGACAUUCUUCAUUCCGGCGGCCAUCUACUACUUCUAUGGGAUCAUGGUGAUGCAUGCCGGAAGGCUCGUGAUCCCCAGCCCUAGCUUUUGGCACGAUCUUGUCUACGCCCUUCCGGACGGCCUUUCGAUCCGCCCAUGCUGGGGUCCGACAGUCGUCUCCUUGUCCUGGGUUUGCUGCCAAGCUCUUGGAGAGAUCAUCCUUCCAGGCAAGCUGAAGGAGGGGGUCAUGCUCAAGAACGGAAGGAAGUUGAUCUACCCAAUGAACGGCCUCCUGUGCUUCUUUCUGAGCCACGUAGGGCUGUUCCUGCUGUGCAAGUAUGAGAUCCUACCGCCUUAUUACGUUUUCGCAAACAUGGGCGCCCUGCUGACAGAAGCUGUCAUUACCAGCUAUGUCAUGGCCCUUUGGCUGUACAUCGACUACGGGAUGCUCUGGCGACGCCAUGUGGAUGAGUUUGAAGAAGACCACGGCGUUUUCCAGUGCAAGGAUUUCUUCAACGAUUUCUUCAUGGGCGUAGUGCGCAACCCGCGCUUGUUCCACGGAAUCCUCAAGGUUCCGUUCGACUUGAAGCGAUUCUGGAAUGCCCGCCCCGGUCUGACCGGAUGGGUGAUCUUGAACAUCUCUUACUUGGCCAGCAUGUACUACAACUGCAGGCUGCCAACAGCAUACGGUGCCAGUGACUCUCUCUUCUUUGGAGACCACGAGGCCAAGUCUGAUACCAUCAAGGCCAUUUUCAGCAACAAGACCGCAGAUUCUUUCUGCGAUGCCACAGGCUCUAUGGACAACAUCGGCCUUGCGGCUGUCUUCAUCACGCUUGCUCACUGGUAUUAUAUCUUUGACUACAACCUCGUGGAGCCUGCUUACCUGACCACGACAGAUAUUCGCCAUGACCUCUUCGGGUUCAUGCUGACGUAUGGCGAUUGGGGCUUCCUUAGCCGCUUCUAUCCCAUCACUUUCAUGGGCUUUUUGGCGCAGCAGGGAAGCCAAACGAACGGCUACAUUACCAAGAAUUACGUGUUUGCCAUCAUUGGCGUCCUGAUGUACCUUUUCGGCAUGGUCCUUUUCCGCGUGACCAACAUUGAGAAGCAUUUGUUCCGUGAUCACAUGAACAACGGAGGCUCCGCAGACAAGUACCGGUCCCCAUUGAGCACCCGGAUUUUCUUCGGUGACAAGAAGCCUGAGUUCAUCAAGACCAAGGAGGGCUCACUUCUGCUUACCUCAGGUUACUGGGGACUAGCACGUCACUUCAACUACAUCGGUGACCUUACCAUGUGCAUUGGGUGGGCCAUUGCUUGCUAUGACCCAGCGUCGCCUUUCAUUUGGCUGCCAAUCUCGUAUUGCAUCUACUUCUGGCUCAUGGACUGCCACCGUUGCUGGCGCGACGAGGUGCGCUGCUCCAAGAAGUACGGUGCCGACUGGGAGCGCUACAGGAAGGCAGUGCCGUACUACAUCUUCCCUGGCAUCUGGUAA